GGCGGCUCGGCGGGCAGGACGGGCCGCCCCGCUGCGCUCGCCCCGGGGCCGCUGCAGCAGGAGCGGGGCCGGGCCGGGCCGGGCCGGGCCGGGCGGUGAUGGCGGAGCCCGGGGGGCCGUGCGGCCUGCCCGCCCUGCAGCGCUCGGAGGAGGCGCGGCAGCGGCAGGCGCUGCUGGUGCGGCAGCUGCAGGGGAAGGUCCUGCAGUACCGGACUCGGUGCCGGGAGCUGGAGCAGCAGCUGGAAGCAGGAGAGGGAUCCCUUCCAGGCAGGUGGGAAGCCACAGCAGAUCACAGCCUGGAGAGUGCACUGUUUCAGCAGAGGUGUGAGAAUCUGGCAGAGGAGAACACUGUCCUGCGGGAGCACCUCGAUAAAGCCAAUGAGAUUAAUUCAGCCCUCAAAGAAGAUGUUGGAAAACUGAUGGCAGAUUGGAUGAGGGCCCGGGAUGAGCUGGAGUUGAAGGAGAGUGAAUGGCGCAGUGACCGUGAGCUCUAUGACAACUACCUGCGGGGUGAGCACGCCCGCCUGCUCGGCCUGUGGCGCCAGGUGGUCGCCUUCCGCCGCCACUUCCUGGAGAUGAAGACGGCGACCGACCGAGACUUGUCAGAGCUGAAGGCAGAGCAGAUGAAGCUUUCUGGAUCCAUCCUGGUGAACUGCUCCCGUCUGAGCUCCACUGUGCAGCUCUGGGAGUCUGUCACUCUGGGUAGAUCUGCCCUGAGGUACCAGGCACAGCAGCAACUGGAACAAGAAACCAACGGCAGGAGUCAGGAAAUGAUGUACCUGCAAGCCAAGGGGGACCUGGAGAGGAAGGAGCUUCAAGAGAGGGUGCUGGAGCUCUCAGCCCUGCUUGUACAGUCUCAGAAGCAGAAUGAGGAGAAGGAGAAGACCAUCAGAACACUGAAUGACACUGUGGAGAUUCUGGAAGCAAGUCAGUUAGAGAAAGAAUAUGAAGCUUCAUUGACUAAAAGUGCCAAAGAAGAGAAUCUCUCCCUCCUAAAGCUGAUGAAAGAUAUAACUGAGGUGGUGUUGGAUGACAAUGACAGUGUGGUCAGCAUUACCUGCACUGACAGUUCCCAGCACGCAGAGUCCAGCAACCUCCUCUCCGGCCUGAGCUCCUUUGAUGCAGAGCACACCUUUAUGUUGGUUCAGGAAGCACUGGCAAGGAGGCACAGAGCAGCACAGGCCCUAAGAGAAGAGCUUUCUGCCAGGCAGGACUCCAUCAACUUCCUGCAGCACCAGCACAGAGAGCAGGAGGAGAAGUGCAGGAAGCUGCAGCAAAGGCUCGAGCAACUGGAGGAGGAAGGCAAGACAUCCAGCAGCCACCAGCAGCACCUCCAGUCUCUGGUAGAAGCACUCAGGGGUGACUGUGCAAACCUGGAGAAGGCCCGGGAUGAGCUCCAGCAGCAGCUGGAAGUGACGGAGCAGGAAGCCUCCCGGCUGCGGCACAGCAACACGGAGCUGCAGCUGAAGGAAGAUGUGGCUCAGGGGGAAAGGGAGGAGCAGCAAGAGAUGAUGGAGAGAGCACAUCGUGACCAGGAGCUCCUACUGGAGGACUUGGCUGCACUUGAAGGAAAACAUUCAUUAUUACAGAGUGAGUUGGUAAUGGCAAGAGAGACAGUGGAGGAAUUGCAGCUUCAGAGGGAUCUGCUGAAGCAAGAGAAGGAUGAGCUCACCCUGGCAUUGGAGAAGGCAGAGCAGUCGGUGGCAGAGUUGACAGGGGCUCAGAACAAGCUGAGUGCUGAGGUAGCUGAUCUGCAAGUUGCCACGGUGAAGAUGAGCAGUAUCAAUGAAGCUCUUGCACUGGAUAAAGUGGAACUGAACAAACUUGUGCUGCAGCUGGAGCAAGAGAAUGAAGUUCUGUCACGUAAAGUGGAGGAGAUGGAGAGAGCAAAGCUCUCUGGCCAGGAGAAGCUGAACAUUUGUGCAAGAACAAAUGAAGAGCUCUGUGCAGAGAAAGCCCACCUGGAGCAGCUGUUGAAAAAAGCAGAGGAGCAACAGGAGGGGCUGCGGGGACAGCUGACCAUGCUGGCAGAGGAGAAGCAAGAAACCCAAGAGAAACUCAGUCAGGUUUCUCACCAGCAGGAGCUGGCUAGCAGUGGCCUGGAGCAGCUGCUCCAGGAGUCCUCUCGCCAGGGGCAGGCCCUGGCCAAGGUGUCCAAGGAGAAGGAGUUGCUGGUGCAUGAGAAGGCAGCCUUGGAGGUGCGACUGGCAGCCCUGGAGCGGGACAGACAGAGCCUUUCUGAGCAGCUGGCAGAGAGCAGGUCGGGGAAGGAGACCCUGGAAUCCAGCCUGUUUGAGACUCAGCAGCACUUGUCUCAGCUGGAGAUAACCAGGAGCCAGCUUGAAAUCCAGCUCCACACAGUCACACAGGCCAAGGAGGUGAUACAAGGGGAGGUGAAGUGCCUUCAGCAUGAGCUGGAAGCAGAGAGGUCUCUCAUGAAGCAGGAGCGGGAAAACCUGGCUCAGCAGCUGCUGCAGGCAGAGCAGCAGCAUGACAGCAACCUCCAGCUUCAGGAGACUGAUCACCAGCUGGAAAUAAAGAAGCUCCUGCAAGACCUGGCAAGCGAGCAGGAAAGGCACCACUCAGAGCUGCAGGACAUGCUGGAGCAGUGGGAAGAAGAGAAGGCAAAGACAGAAGAGGAGCAUGAGAAGAAGCUGCUUGACAUGAAGGAGGAAGUUGCUACCAUGCAAGCUCAACAAGAAGAGGAACGAACCAGAGUGGAAAAUGCCAAGCAAGAGGCCCUGCUAGAAAAGGAGUGUGAAAAGAAUGCUUUAUUGGAGACACUUCUGCAGACUGAGACAGAGCUGAGAGAAGCCCACCAGCAGCUGGAACAGCUCAGGCAGGAGAUGGGAGAGCAGCAAGAGAGUGGGCAGAACAUGGCAGAAAAGCUGCAAGCAGAGCUGCAGGAAACACGGAGCAAGAUCAAGGCCAUGGAGCAGAGGCACGAGGAGGAAAUCAAAACCAUCAAAGAGGAAAUUAAUAUUCUGCUUCAGCAGAGGGAUGCUCUGCAAAAACAGGUGGAAGAGUUGACAUCUCAGCUCACAGCCUCUGAAGAGUCCCAGCAAGUGAUCAGCUGCAAAGCUCAGCAAGAUCUCAGUGAGGCACAGGAACUGUCAAGGCAGAAGGUGCUGGAGGUUGAGCAUCUCCAGAAGAUCUUAGAGGAGAAGAGGAGUCAAUGGGAGGAGGUAGAACAUCAGAACAAGGAGCUGCAAGUGUGUCUGCAGGCCUUGGAGGGGGAAAGGAGUCAAUGGGAAGAAGUGGAGCGUUGCAACACGGAAUGUCAGGCUUCCUUGAAGGUCCUGGAGAGUGAAAAAGCCAGACUGACUGCGUCUUUGGAAGAGAAGGAACUGAGCCUCAGAGCCCUGGAAGAAAACAACCUUGCCCAGCACAAGGAGGUAUCUCAGCUGCUUUCUGCUGUUCACCAGGCCCAGCAGCUCCAUUCAGACCACAGAAGAGAAAUACAAGAGCUCAACAACCAGAUCCAGUCACUGCAGGAAUUACUGCUGGAGAAGGAAGCUGCUCUGGCCAGGCAGGAGAAGCAGCUGCUGCAGGAUCUGGAGCAGUCCCGGGCAGGAGAGCGGAGCUUGAAGGACUCUCUGCACGUGCUGGAGGCCGAGAUGGCCGAGCUGCGGCUGAGGCUGCGGGGCACGGAGAGCAGAGCAGGGGCUCUGGCCACCGAGUGCCAGCAGGCACAUGCUGCCCGCUGGGAAGCCCGGUCCCAGCUGGACAAACUGCACCUGCCUCUUCUGCACUUCAUCCGCGAGAGCAGGGACUUGGUCACUUGGAGUUCAGAACAGGGCCAUGUCUGGAGGAGUCUCACUGUUUCUCAGGCUGGGGACCUCCCUGCAGAGCUCACAGUGGACAGUGUGGCAGCAGCUCUGCAAGACGUGUGUCACCACCUGAAGCAGACUCAGCAAGAUCUGAAUGAUGCGAGGAAGAAGAUGGAGGACUUGGAGCUGAAGCUAAGCAAGAGGCAAGCUGAGUUGGACCACUUCAGUGCCCUCAAUCAAGCACUGCAGAAACAGUUAGCCCAAAGCCAGGAAGAGACACAGAUGGCAGAAGGCAAGAAGAACACUCUGCAAGCUGCCCUGCAGGAAGAGGCUGCUGCUCUGAAGAAGGAGACUCUGACUCUGCAUCAAGAGGUGGCAUCUUUGGAGAGGAAACUCAAAAGCACUGAGAAGCAAAGAGAGGAUUUCCUGCAUGAACGGGACAGCCUGCAAGCACUUAAAGAAAAACUGGUACUGGAGAUAAAAGUUCUUCAGGAAUCAGUCACAGCCUCUGAAACCCAAGCAAAUACAGCAACAGAGAUGAAUCAAUCCCUUGAACAAGAGCUCCAAACUACACUGUCUAUCUUAAAAAUAAAAAAUGAGGAAGUGGAAAAACAGGGGGAGAAGAUCCAGAUGCUACAGAAAGAGGCAGCAGAGGUGAAAGCUUUGCAGGAGAAUCUCACUCGUGUGACUGCCCUCCUGUCAGAGAGGGAGGGAGAAGUGAAGUUAUGCCAGGAACAGAUGAGAAUGCUGGAAAAGCAGAAAGAAAUGCAUCAAACUACUCUUGAUCAGGUUACUAAGGAAUUAACAGAGAAAAAAAAGAAGACAGAAUCCCAGCAGAAGCAGAUAUGGGAGCUGGAGAAGCAGCAACAAAACCAGGAGAUUGCUGUAAGCAAAAUGAGCAAAGAGCUGGAAGAGAGAGACCAGGAGAUCAGAUCCCACCAAGAACAGGUACAGGAGCUGGAGAAGCAGCUGGAAUUGCAGAAGACUUCUGUCAGCAAAGUGAGCAAGGAGCUGGAGGAGAAGGACCAGGAGAUCAGAUCCCACCAAGAACAGGUACAGGAGCUAGAGAAGCAACUGGAAUUGCAGAGUACUGCUGUCAGCAAAGUGAGCAAGGAGCUGGAGGAGAAGGACCAGGAGAUCAAGUUCCAGGAGGGGAAAAUAAUGAUUCUAGAACAACACGGUGCAUCACAAGUGAGAAAUCUGCUCAUGGAUCUUGACCAUAUGAAAGAAAAUGUGAAGGAGAAAAAUAUAGAACUUAUGUCCCUGACUCAGCAGAUCCACAAACUGGAAAAGGAGAGAGAACAGGUGACAUAUCUGCACACAAGCCUUGAACACCUGAGGGCAGCUCUUAAGGACAGAGAGAGUGAGUGUGAUUCCCAAAGGGAUCAGUUAAGACUCUUGCAGCAGUACAAGGAAGAGCAAGAGGGGCACCUGCAAGAGCUUCAGCAUCAAGUAGAAGAGAUGACAGUUUCUUUGUCUGAAAAAGAUCAAGAGCUUGAGUCACAACAAAAGCAAAUCCAGGAAGCUGAAGUUGUGGAAGUGCAGUUAAGGACUGUGCGUGACCAACUGGAGCAGACCUUAGAAACCUUAAAAGAGAAGGACAGACUGAUAGACACCCAAAAGCAACAAACCAGGAGCUAUGAGGAAAAAACAGAAGAACGAAUUAAUGUCUUACAUAGACACUUGGAAUACACUACAGCACUGCUGAAAGAAAAGGAUGACACCAUUGAAUCCCAGAAGGAAAUGAUGGAGACCUUCCAAAAACAAGCACAAGCCUCUAAACAGCAGAAGGAAGUUCUGCAGCAUCUUCAAGAGGCACUGAAGGAAAAGGAGCAAGAAGUGUUAUCCCUCCAAAAGCAAUGUGAGGCAUGCAAGGAAAAGGAGGAAAAGCAUGAAGCUGAGCAAGCAGAUCUUCAAGUGACAAAGCUGACUCUGAAAGAAAGAGAAGAAAAGGUGGAGGUUCUGGAGGAGGCUGUCUCUAAGCUUCAAGAGCAGAAGGAGGAGGCAGCGAUGCAGAGUAAAGCCAUUCUACAAAAACUAGAAUAUGCUGAAUCUUGUCUCGAGGCCCGAGAUCAGGAGAUAGUAUCUUUGCAAGAGCACGUGCAGGACCUUCAAGAGCAGAAGGAGCUGGAAGGCAAGCAGGCCAAGAGUCUACAGCAGGACCUAGACAAAAUGAGCCAACUAGUGAAGAACCACCGUCAGGAGCUCCUCAGGCAUGCAGAGCAAAUGAACGUGCUUCAGCUUCGUGAAGAAACUGUGAAAGCAGCACUAACAUCAUGCCAGAAGCAAGUGAGUGUGCUUGAGGAAGUGGUGAGGAAGAGAGAGGAAGACAAUGAAACUCUGAUGCAGAAACUCCAGCGCCAAGAAGAAGAACUGAAGACCUUGCAGAAUCUCCAGCUUAGGCUAACCAAGACAAGGGAAGAGGUUAGACACCACAGAGAGCAAGAGAAGCUCCUGAUAGAAGCCUUGGCUGGGAAGGAACAAGAGACCAAAGCUCAAACUGAGCCACAGGAGUCAGAAGAGGAAAUCCAAGGUCUUUGGGAAGAUCUCCAGCACGUUCGGCAAACCCUGACAAAGAAGGAUGAGGAGAUCAAGCACCAGAGGGACAGAGUCAGGUAUCUAGAGGAGAUUCUGGCAGGGAGAGAACAAGAGCUUCAGAGGCAGUGCGAGCUCCUGAAGCAAAUAACAUCAGCUUUGCAAUGGAAAGAUGACAGGGAGACCCUACAGAAACAAAUCCAGAAACUCCAAAACUGGGAAGAAGAGGAAGCAGAGAAGAGGAGAGUUGUCCAGGAGAGAGACCAUCUCUUGCAAAGGCAGAAGGAGCUAACCCAGCAGCUGGAAAAGGAGCGGAAGGCACAGGGGGAAGAACUGGAGCGUGUGGUGGCUGUUCUGAGGAGGACUGAGAGUGGAGAAGUCGCCUGGAAAGAGAAGGCCCAGGCUCUGACUCUUGCCCUCAGCAACAGUGAAAUGGCCAACGGGACUCUGAGGGGAGAGGUGGCUGUCCUGCAGAGCAUGGUGUCAGAGAGGGACACGGACCGGGUUCAGCAGCAGCAGGCUGCUGCAGAAGGGGAGCAGCUAUCAUGGCUCUCUGAGAAGAGAGCCCUGUCACAGCAGUUGGAAUGUCUGCUGAGAGCAGUUGCAAGGCUGGAACUUGAGAAGGCUGAGCUGAAGCAACAGAAUAUGGAGCUCAGGAGGACACUUGAGCAGGUGGAACGUGAACGGAGGAGGCUGAAGAGAUACUGCAGGUCACUGCCAGAUGCAGGUGGAUUUUCUAUCUCUGAGUCUGACCAGCACAAGAUACCUGCAUCUAGGCAGGAGGAGUCUCACAGUUACUGCAGUCAUCGGUUGGCCGAGUUACAGAACCAGGUGUCCCUUCUGCAGACACAGCUGGCACAAGAACGAAAAUACAAGCAGGACUAUAUCGAGUGCUGUGCAAAGACCAACCAGGAGCUGUCAGACCUUCACCAAGAGCUGUCUUCCUCCUUAGCAGCUGUGGUCAGGGACCCCAAAGCUGCUGUUCUGGAAGCAGAGACUCGGAAGCUGGAUCGGUCUCUGAACCUUAACUUGGCACUAAUAUCUCUGGACCAUCUGUCUCCUGACAAACAGCCAUUGCAUUCAACAGCCAGAUCCACCAGAAGUGAUGACCUGAGGUAACAGGACGGCUGAACAGCAAAAGACCUCCUUAGGAGCCAAGUCAGAGACCUGCUGUAGCAGCUGAACUGUGGCAGGGGACUUGGUUCAAGGCAUGAGUCCCCAAGUAAGAUACAAGUUCAGAGCACAGUGUUCACUGGAGGUUCCCCAGCAGAAGCAGUUUUGGGACAAAACUGGUGCUGGCUUGUGUGGAUGGGGUCAGUCGUAGGCCUGGAAAAGCAGGAUGAACCUGAUGGGCAGGUAAAAUGUCUUCCAAAGCACUGAAAGGCAGCAUGCUUGCUCAGUCCCCACACAGCCCUCCUUGUUAGGUUGUUCCUGUCAGUUUCUGUACUGUAUACAAAGACUUUUUGUCUGGUUUUAUUUUUAUAAUAAACUUCUGUCUCCAAAAUAUUA